AGAUUUGUAAUUUUUUCUGCAAUUUUUGGAAGCAGUAUCUUUUCGGGAUCUAUCCCUCCACAAGGAAGGCUUCAGGUCGUCAUCACGCAAUCUUUUGGCGACAUUAGUACGUUGGAUCAACCGUUGGCGUGUGGGGCUCAUAUUUGAACGACGGGACCUGUUGUUGACAUUCCCUCCAAAAAUAGAUUCAUUUCGGUGUAAAUUUAGAUCACAUUGAGAUGUCUUUUAAAACAGGUUGUGGAAAAUAGUAGAGAAAAUUAGAGGAAAAUCGCAAAUCGCAAAGGCGAGAACUGUUUGUUUGUUGUUUGUUGAUUCGUUUGGAAGUAACAAGUGGAUCGAGGCUUUCGCAAGUUAUAGUGUUUGGCGAAUAUUUGAAAAGUGGCCCUGAAUCGUUCGCAAAUGUGAUGCGCGCUGUCAAUAUUGCAACCAUACGUGCUGAAUAUUAUCUGUGAUAUAGACUAUAUAAAAAAUUUAAUUAAUUCGCCAUUAAUCUGAUUCAUGCAUGUAUUCAUGAGCAACCUAGCACCAGUUUGUGGCGAUAAUAUUUUUCCUCGCUGAAAACACACUUAUUUUGUGAUGACGUGCUAAUAUUUUUUUCCAAUACACUUCGCAUUGUGAUUUUGUUUUGAGUAAAUAUAUUUGCUGCUUAUUUUUGCGGCGAAAGAAGAAAAAUUGGGAAAUAUUUUGUGCGCAUCUCACUAAAGAUUUUCUUGUUUCAUCAUUAAAACACUUCUCUGUUGUGCGGGAAAAUACACAACGUGGAUGUUUACUGCUGUUACUGCAACACCUACGUAGUACAAUCAGCAUCACACAGCUGGUUCGACUUGUUCUCACCUCUAUGGAGUUUCACCUAGACAGCGCAGAGUACUGCCAGGCCCAGCACAAAUAAGCACACCGGGAGCUAUUGAAACCGAACAUAUUUUUUUACGUAUUUGUCAUCAAUAUUAUACAAAAAACGAUCGUAGGCAAUCCGAAAUAACUCACUAUUCAAACAAAAAUUAGUUAUUUUCAUUUAUUUUUAAUUUUUAUGUGGUGAAACUUGAUAAUUCUAAUCGUUGACAUCAUCAUCAAUUGAAUAAUUCUCUAAAAAAAGGCGAAAUUAACCAAGAAAAAUUACCAAAGGCCUUCAACUAUACAUUUUUAUUAAACAGACAAAUCUAUUGCAAAGACUCUCUCGUUAAAAAAAAGGUUUAAAUAAACUGGAUGCUUGACUUAUUAGUAAACAAACCAAGAAACUAAAAAAAGAAUCUAUAUUUAAAGAACAACUAUCUUACUCCAAUAAAAAUCAAGGAAUACAUACACGGUAUUGCCAUAAUUUAAAAGAAAACAACUAGAAAAGUAAUAAAAGAUCGGCCACAAAAAGGAUAAGUUUAAAUAAACUCUAACGGAAUAUUCUGUUUGGUUAUUUAGUGAAAAAGAAAAACAACAUCUUGAUAUAUAUAAAAUCAACAAAUAAUAAAAUCCAUAAGUAAAGGCAUACAUAUUUAAUUCUCGUGUAUAAAUAGUUAAUUUAAUGACAAGCAUCAUGCGUCAGAAGGACAUUAGACCCGCACCAGCACGUAUUGAAUUUAAAGGAAUGCAGUUCCUAAUUACUGAUCGGCCUUCAGAUAUUACUAUAAAUCACUAUAUACAGGAACUGAAAAAGCACAAUGUCAGCACGGUGGUACGUGUAUGCGAACCAAGCUAUAAAACUGAUGAGUUGGAAGCGCAAGGAAUCGCCGUGAAAGACUUAGCAUUUGAAGAUGGGACAUUUCCACCACAGAAAAUUGUUGAUGAAUGGUUUGAAACAUUGAAACAAAACUACUCACAGAAUCCUGAAGCUUGUGUGGCGGUACAUUGCGUAGCUGGCUUAGGACGAGCACCUGUUUUAGUUGCAUUGGCUCUAAUUGAACUUGGUCUCAAGUAUGAGGCUGCUGUGGAAAUGAUUAGAGACAAACGCCGAGGAGCUAUCAACGCUAAGCAGCUAUCAUAUCUAGAAAAAUACAAGCCAAAAUCGCGACUAAAGCACAAAAAUGGUCACAAGAAUUCGUGCUGUGUGCAAUAGAUAUCAAAAAUUCCCACCAGAUAAAAAGUGUUCAUUUACCGAUUAUCCAAAAUAUAUUAAAUUAAACUAAAGAAAAUUUAAAUAAUCUAAAUAGAAGAUGGCAAACCAAGCUGAAACCAUACAUAACUGCAACUGAAACAAAUAACUAACGAUGAGAGACCAUAGCAAAUGGAACUAUCGCCGAAUCACAAUAGACAGCAAUCCAACCACACUAGCAACUACCACAAUAUUCACGUAACUCUUCAACGAUAUAUAAAUGAUAAUGGGUAAAAUGGGUAUAAUUAAACAAUAACGUAAUGUCGAUAAUGUAGACCCCAUCCGCUUGGAAUGCACUAAGGAUAUCGACUCCAACCAAGAACACACGAGAAAGACGCAUUGCGACGACGCAAAUUAUCUGAAACUAGCGAGGGAAAAAUUGUAAGAGAAAAAACAAGAAAACAAUUUCACCACUAUUUUUUAUAAUUUCCAAGACUAUCAUAUUUAAGGCACGACUUUUUGUAGAUUUCAAACCCGAGUCGCCAUCAUUUUUUAUUUAAAUUAAUUUCUUAUCCAAAAUUUCUUGAGGAUUCUAGUUUGUAACACAUUUAGAGAAAACAAAAUAUUUGGGGUCUAGUGCCAACUGGCGGCCAUAUUGCGUGGCGUGUGGGUGUGGCCAUCGAGACGACGCUUUCGGAACGCGGAGAGGUUCAGUUGUGUCCUUUAUUGCUGAAGCUGUCGGGUUUCGUUGCGCUUCAUUGCUUCUCAACACUCGCCUGAGGAAGAGGUGGUCCCGUUCUCAGUUUUCCGCCAGAACCUGCUGAAGGCCCUGCCAUUGCCCCCACACCGCACACCCCACGCAGUAUGCCCGCCAGUUAGUGCAACGGACUUCGCACGGCAAAACGAUUGAAAUGCUUUCUGCGGGUAUUGACAUUGCAUUAACUCAAGUAUUCAUGCAUCAAGCAACUGAAACGACUAAAUUCUGACUCCUCGGUUCUGUACUUAGUAAAUUUUGUAUGUACUGUUUUGUAACGAAAGUAACAACUACUCAAGCACUAGAUUCAUUAUAAUAAAUAAAUGCAUUCCAUUAACACCAUCACGACACUGGACAGUGUAGAAGCAACUGUAGACAGAGGGACUAGACAGAAUAGAAAUCUCUUUUGUACAUACUUUGUAUCUAACUCUACUGUAAAGACAAACGGCAGCAUAUUGUUUUUAAUAUUUUUUUAUUAUAACCAACGCAAUAGCUAAAAUCGUGCGCAUCUUUAUUUGGGGAAGAGCGAGAAAGGUUUCUACGAGUUGGGACCGAUUUCGGGGAAAUCGAUGAAUAACUGUACUAUACGCUAACUUAAUGCACGCUAUGAUGUAAUUUAUGAAAAUAGGCGACCAAGCAAAUCGCGUCAAUUGUAUGCAACAUUUUGCAGAGAAACAUGAGCUAAUCAUCUUUAAUUAUUGUGAAAAAUUGCAGGUGUCCGACAAUUGAGCGACUUAGUGCGACACACUUUGUAACACACGUACUUGAGAAUAUUUUGUCAAUACCAUAAACUAUACUGAAAAGGAGUAACUGAAUAUAUGUACUUUCUGCUUUUUGACACAUAUUAUUCUUUGUAAGAUAAAUUUGAUUGAAAUAUUGUUAUUUUAAAUUUUUUAUGGUAUUUCGAUUAAUAAAAAUAAAAAAGAAAUAGUAACUAGAUUCCAAA